AUGUAUAAGCGAUUAGAUGUCAACGGCUUCCUUAAUCCUGAAUUUGAGGUUGGGGUGGAGUAUUUUUUAAAUUUUACCUAUGCACAAGUAGAUCUUAUCUCCAAUGACAACAUUCGUUGUCCUUGUUCUAAAUGUAAGAAUAAGAAAUAUCUACAAAGAAUUGAUGUCACUUAUCACUUGUAUAAAUUUGGAUUUGUUGGGGCAUAUACUAAGUGGGAUGCGCAUGGUGAAGGUUUCAUAUCUGAAUUUAAUUAUCUACCAACUUCUAGUACUUCGAUUAAUGAUAUGACUCAACCAACCGAUACAAAUAAUUAUAGAAGUAUGGUUAUGGAAGCAAUGAAUUUUGAUGACGAUAUAGCUGGAGUGAGAAAUUGUUUCAUGGGCCUUGAACAAGAGGAACCAAAUCCAAAUGCUUCAAGUUUCUAUGGCUUGUUACAUGAUACUGAUGCUCCCUUAUGGGAAGGUUGCAAUAAUCAUACACGCUUAUCAGCUGUAUCUCAACUAUUAAAUUGCAUGUCAGAUUUCCACAUUAGUCAUAAUUGUUUUGACAAUUUAUUAUCAAUAAUAAAAAGCAUGCUACUAGAAGGUAAUCUCUUGCCAAGCAACUUCUACAACACGAAGAAGAUGAUGUCAACUCUAGGGCUUGGUUAUCAAAAAAUCGAUGUCUGUGUCAACAAUUGCAUGUUAUAUUACAAAGAAAACAGUGAUGGAACAUCAUGCAAAACUUGCGGUCACCCUCGGUAUAAGCCAAGGAAAUCAAGCACUGCUCGACAAAAAAAUCUACCAUUUAAAGUGUUACGUUACUUGCCUUUCAUUCCUAGGCUUCAAAAGUUGUUUAUGUCCUCCAAAACCGCAGAGCACAUGGUAUGGCAUGCUUUUAACCAACAUACUGAUGGGACUAUGUCACAUCCUGUUGAUAGUGAGGCAUGGAAGCACUUCAAUUGCACUUACCCUUUGUUUGCAUCUGACCCUAGGAAUGUUCGUCUUGGAUUAUGCACUAAUGGAUUCAAUCCCUUUGGGCAAUGUUCUAAUCCUUACUCUUGUUGGCCAGUAAUAAUUGCAGUGUAUAACUUUCCUCCUUGGAUGGCAAUGAAAAAACAUUAUAUGUUCUUGAAUAUGGUGAUUCCGGGUCCUAAAAGCCCUGGCAAGAGUUUGGAUGUGUUCUUGAGGCCUUUGAUUGAUGAGUUGAAAAUGUUAUGGAAUGAAGGAGUUUUGACUCAUGAUAUUCAUACUAAGCAGAACUUUCAUAUGAAAGCAGCACUUUUAUGGAUAGUAAGCGAUUUUCCUGCAUAUGGUAUGUUAUCCGGAUGGACCACACAUGGAAAAUUGGCUUGUCCGUAUUGCAUGGAAGGUAGUAAAGCUUUGGUUCUUCAACAUGGUGGGAAAGCAUCAUUCUUUGAUUGUCAUCGCCAAUUUCUUCCUCUCAACCAUCCAUACAGAACACAAAAAGAUAAAUUCAAAAAAGGUGUCAUAGAAAGGAGUCCACCCCCUCCUCAUUUGUUUGGUGAUGUUAUACAAAAUCGGGUAAAUUCACUACCUGAUAUUGUAUUUGGGACAACUAGUGGGAAGCAAACAAUACCUGGAUUUGGUGUACACCACAAUUGGGUCAAGAGGAGUAUAUUUUCGGAGCUUCCAUAUUGGAAUUCAAAUUUAAUUCGGCAUAAUUAG